AUGUGUUAGUUUCUAUAAGGCGUUCAAAGAGUUCGCACAAAUCCCGGAAGAAUGUCUCGCUUUGUUUUCUUCAUUUUGGUGGAUUUUAUUUUAAUUUUGCAAAUUAAAUUUGGAUUUAGUCAGAGUAAUGAUACGACUACAGUGCGCAAUUGCAAUUGUUUUGUGCAAAUAGAAGCCGUUAAUGAUGAUCUCGACGAAGUUGAGCAAAUGAGUGAAAAUAAAAUCGACACGAAUGUUUCGAACAUCGAAAAGCAGUUACUUGAGAAUCGAGCAUCAAAAUUCUAUAGUUGUAUGGAAGCAAAACCAUCCAGUUGCAUGGAAGCAGCAGCUCACAGCAUGACAAAUGGAAUUUUUCAAAUUACAUUGGAGAAGAUCAAUGCAACUGCCUUGCAGGUGUUUUGUGAAGAAGAUGUCGAUUUUGGAGGAUGGUUAGUUAUCCAACGUCGUAAAAGCGACGCAGUGAAUUUCACCAGAGAUUGGCAUGACUAUAAAGAGGGAUUCGGCGACUUAAAGGAAAACUAUUGGAUCGGUUUGGAAAAACUACAUGCGCUCACCAGCAGCUGUGAACAAGAGUUGUAUGUUCAAUUGGAAAAGUAUAAUGGCGAAAAAUAUUAUGCGAAAUACUCAGAGUUUCUUAUUGGGGAUGAGUCAGAGAGCUAUGCUUUGAAGAAAUUGGGUAAUUAUAGCGGAAAUGCUGGCGAUUCCCUAAUUCAUCAUUUGGGAAAGAAAUUUUCUACGUACGAUCGUGAUAAUGAUGAGUGGGAACGGAGUUGUGCAAUGGAUUGGAAAGGUGGUUGGUGGUUUUUCAAAUGCUAUUUCAGUCAUCUAAAUGGAUUGUAUGGAGUUAGAGAAACCGGUGUGGACUGGAUUCACAUAACACGGAAUGAAUCUUUAUCGUUUGCGCAAAUGAUGAUACGACCAACACAAAAUUGCCGGAGUCGGUUGAUGUUGAACAAUUUAAAUCGAUGUCUUUAAAGAAAAUUUCCAAUUUUACUUUUGCUAUUUUAAAUAUGGUUAUUGAAACGAUUAUGAAUACUUUUAUAUCUAAAAUUAUUUAAAUAAUUUUUCAAAUAAACGUACAUAUGUAUAUUCAAAUGCAAUAA